AUGUAUAGCGAUGGGGGAUGCCUUCUCAGAAGGCAGGGGGGCUACCUUGAAAUGUCUGGAGAGGCUUCUUCUAAACAGGCCACAAAGAUACUUCUGCGUGCUUGUACAUCAACAAAUGCUCGGGCCUUUGCACUUACGGAAGCUGCACCCACCUUCACGGUCCGCGGGGCCUUUUGUCCCCUGGCCCGCGGGCACACGUGCGCGAAAGGGGGCACGGACGAGCGGCCCGCUUUUGAAAAGCGUGCCGCGCGAUCGGCCGAGCUGACGGCGCCCGACGGAGCCAUCAGCUGGGGCGCUCAUGGCCUCAGGCGUGAGGGCGACGCAAAAGAAAUCAACACACGCAAGGUGUACCUGCACACCGCCGACAUGCCUGGCCAGGGCCAUCCUGGGCCCUCGCAUGGUUUUCGUGCCAUCGCGCAGGCUUCCGUGGGCACGGCGAGCCUCGGCAACGAAGACGUUUCCCGACCUUGGGCCGCGGAGCGGCCUGAAAACCAGAGCGUGGAUCGGCCAUGGACAUCGCCACCGCCCUCAUCAGACAGGGAGUCCUCCAGUGUCUGCAGCCUCCUGGGCGCGUUCCUUGACGAGCGCCCCCGCCGUACUGAGAGGCGGAGGGAGCGAAGGUAA